GGCGUUGUCGUGUUUUCUGGCGGCAGCGCGGCGAACAAUCUCGUCGACGUCUUCGAUCAUGUUCGAAAAGCACACAAUGCCCCUCUCAGCUAUGUGAUUCCAAUCUCGGACAACGGCGGCUCAUCAAGCGAGCUGAUCCGCGUGUUUGGCGGGCCAGGCAUCGGCGACGUACGCUCACGACUGGUUCGUUUGAUCCCAGAAGACAACGACGAGGCCAAAGCCAUUCGACACUUCUUCAAUCACCGACUGCCCAAAUCGUACGCGCCGGCACGUGCGGAGUGGUUGGACAUUGUCGAGGGCACGCAUUCACUAUGGCUUGGAAUAUCCUCGCCCAAGAAGGAGCUGACUAGAAGUUUCCUCAACUCGAUCAACCUGGAGAUUGUCAAGCGGCUUCGCCCGACGAGUCGCUAUGACUUCUCAGGCGCGAGCAUAGGCAACCUGUUCCUGACUGGUGCUCGAUUGUUUACUGGCAGCUUCGAAGCCUCCAUUCAUCUUCUGUCGAGCAUCUGUGGCCUAGAUCCGACUAUCUCUAUCCUGCCUGUGUUGAACACAAACUUUGCUCACCACAUCGCCGCAGGUCUCGCAGAUGGCACUGUCAUCACCGGUCAAAACAAUAUCAGCCAUCCAAGCGAGACAGCGGCUUCGAGCCACCUUCAAGUCCUCACAAACGAAGUCGAGGAGCAGGACAAGAUUGAAGAUGCUAAUAUGCCAGGCACACUUCCCACAUUGCGAAAGCCAGCCAUCACAUUCUCAAAGGAUGACGAAGAAGACCUGACUUCACGCAUUGAACGAUUAUGGUACAUCAAUCCAUAUGGCCAGGAAAUCAAGAUCCCAGCAAACCCACGAGUAUUAGAAGUGUUGAGGAACUCUUCCUGCGUCAUCUACAGUAUAGGCUCGCUCUUCACGUCGAUCAUUCCAUCUUUGGUGCUCAAAGGCGUCGGCUCAGCAAUUGCAUCACCCUUCAUUCGAAGCAAAAUCCUCAUCCUGAACGGCACACUUGACCGCGAAACAGGACCCGCUUCGGACUCGUUCACAGCGUUCGACUUUGUGGCCGCCAUUGCCAAUGCAUGCUGCGAAUCCCAAGGUCUCUCCAGGCCCCAUCCUACGGAGUACUUCCAAUACGUGACACACGUCAUUUACCUCGAUGGACCGACCUCUCCAAAACUGGACAAGGCGGCAUUUCUCAAUUCUGGCAUUGAGACCAUGCGUGUCUAUGGGCGAUCCGGGGAGACAGGCAAAGGAGGUCGCUACGAUGCGAAAGCGCUGACGCAAGCUUUGGAGGCUGUGAUCGGACGAAAAGACCCACGAGGCGACAAGACACGACGAAACACUGUGUUG